AUGGAUGAAAAGAUCAAGGAAACUCCCCCUCAAUAUGAGCAUGUGGUCGAUGCUAAGAAAUCAGAGUCGGAUGAGGCGGCCGACCCUCCUGCGCUUGAGCGCCGCCAGGCUCUCGGUAUCAACAUCGUUCAGAAUCCGUUGAUGCGCAGCUCUAAGGUUCAAGCCAUUAUCGAUGCCCGGGCAUACGCGGAAUCGCAUAACUUGAGCGAGUAUACCGAGCUAUUUGGUCGGGCUGCUGUUGUUGCGCGAAAACCCCAAGAAUUCGCAUCCAUAUCUGAGAUUGAUGACGCGGAGCGCGCCGCACUCCAAUAUGAGAGAGAUCACAAAUGGCACGGCCCGUUCAUGCUCUGGUACUCGAUUUCUCUGUGCGCUAUCGGAGCCGCCACGCAAGGGUGGGAUCAGACUGGAUCCAACGGUGCUAACCUGUCCUUCCCCGAGGAAUUCGGUAUUGCCGGUAAAGGGAAAGAUGAAUGGAUCGUGGGAAUUGUCAACUCCAUUAUUUUCUUGACCGCUGGCCUUGUUGGCGCUUGGAUUGUCGAUCCACUCAAUCACUAUUUGGGCCGACGAGGUGAGAUUUUCGUCACUGCUCUCUGUCUCACUGCCACGCCAAUUGGCUCUGCCUUUGCAAAGUCAUGGCAAGGACUUUUUGCUGCGCGAUUUGUAAUGGGUAUCGGAAUUGGCGCAAAGAACGCUACGGUGCCCAUCUACUCGGCUGAGAUGGCUCCGGCCAGAAUUCGUGGUGCUCUCGUCAUGUUCUGGCAACUUUGGGUCGUAGCUGGUAUUUUCUUGGGCUUUGCUGCCAACGUCAUUGUGAAAGACGUCCCCAAGAUCGCUUGGCGUCUCCAACUCGGUUCUGCAUUCAUCCCAUCUUUCAUCCUCGGCAUUGGAAUCUUUUUCUGUCCCGAGUCUCCCCGCUGGCUCAUGAAACAUGGCAGACACGCUGAGGCAUUUCAGUCAAUGUUGCGUUUACGAGCUCAUCCAAUUAUCGCUGCGAGAGAUUACUAUUAUUCAUAUAUCAUCUAUGAAGAGGAACUCAAGGAGGCUCGCGGCGCAGGCUACUUCUCCCGUCUGUGGGACUGUUUCGCCGUUCCGAGGAUCAGAAGGGCUAACUAUGGUGCCUCGACUGUUAUGAUUGCACAGCAAAUGUGCGGUAUCAACAUCAUUUCUUUCUAUAGCUCAACCAUCUUCCGUGACGUCGGCUACUCAUCAGAUCAGGCCUUGUAUGCGUCUCUUGGCUACGGUGCCAUCCAGGUCGUGGCCACGAUUCCUACUUUGUUUAUGAUUGACACCAAAGGCCGAAGAACUCUGACUUUGAUUACAUUCCCCUUUAUGUGCAUAUUCCUGCUAGCCGGUGGUCUCUCUCUUCUGAACAAGUCAGGCAGCGAUGCCGCGCAGAUUGCACCAGUUGUUUUGUUUGUGUAUCUGUUUACUAUUGCCUACUCACUGGGUGAAGGACCAGUAGCUUUCCAAUACUCUGCUGAGGUAUUCCCCACUAUUCAACGAGAGCAAGGAAUGGCAUGGGCUGUUUGCAUCAACAACACCUUUGCUGGCGUGCUUAGUCUGACUUUCCCUCGAAUGACGACUGUGAUGACUAAAACUGGUGCUUUUGGCUUUUACGCCGGUCUUAACCUCGUCGCUUGGUUCAUGAUUUUCUGCUUUGUCAGGGAGACUAAGCAGCUGACUUUAGAAGAAUUGGAUCAGGUUUUCUCAGUGCCGACUAAAAAGUUUAUUCACUACGAACUGACUGUGUGGCUUCCCUGGUGGAUCAAGCGAUACAUCUUCAGACAGAAUGUUGUCAAGCCACCAGCAAUCAUUGCAUUGGGCGAUGGAGUCAUGUAA